AUGUUUGGCAUAAGGACAGUAUUGCAGUCUACACUGAGGACAACAUCAUCAGGUCGAGGCUUGUUGUUUGGUCAGCGUGAACUCACCAACUUACAAAGAUACAACAUUGGUCAUGGUCAUUGUCCAACAACAACGCCACUGCUCCAACUGAGGAGCUACUCAUCAUCAUCAUCAAACUCAUCACCAAAGGAUGAAGAUCAGACAAACAAACAAUCACAACAACAGAAUGAACAACAGCAACAACAACAACAACAUAAUGAUAGCGAACAACAACAGCAACAGCAACAGCAACAGAGACGAAGCGGUGGAGGAGGAGGAAGACAAUAUAGUGAGGAGUUGAAGGAGAAGAAUAGAUCAGUUGGAAUGUGGGUCGCUGCAUCGAUUAUAGCAGUGUUGGGAUUGUCUUAUGCAGCUGUGCCACUGUAUAGAGUGUUCUGUCGUGUCACUGGCUAUGGUGGUACGGUUCGCGAGGCCGUAGACGUUGUACAAGAUGUCAAGAAACGCAAUCUAGAGCGUGAGGUCUAUCCCAUCAAAGUAUCAUUCACCUCCUCCGUCGGCAACAAGAUUCCCUGGACAUUCAAGCCAACCCAAAGUACCAUCGAGUGUCUUCCAGGCGAGCCAGUACUUGCAUUCUACAGAGCUACCAACAACACAGAACAACCAAUCAUUGGCGUUGCAACUUAUAAUAUUACACCGAUGAAGGCCGGUCCUUACUUUACAAAGAUUCAAUGCUUCUGCUUUGAUGAGCAGCGUAUAAAGGCCAAUGAGACAAUAGAUAUGCCAGUACUGUUUGUCAUUGAACCAGAGGUGCUUGACGACAAGAGUCUCAAGGGUCUAACAGACAUCACACUAUCAUACACAUUCUUCAAGUCGAAUGAUCAAGGAGAGCUUGAAGAGAUCUAA